AUGUCAUGCUCAAAAAUAUUUUCAGGAGAUUUACCUGAAUUAAUAUAUGAAAUCAUCAAAAAUUUUCAUAAUGAUUAUUCAACUUUACAUUCAUGUGUUUUAGUUAAUAGAUUAUGGUGUCGUUUAGCAAUUCCAUUAUUAUGGGAAAACCCAUUUUCAAUCCCUACUGGAAAUUAUAAUUUUAUUGAAGUUUACUUGUAUAAUUUGAAUGAUUUAAAAACACAAUUAAAUAAAUAUAUAUUUAUUGAUUAUUUAUUACUUUCAAAUACACUUUUUGAUUAUCCUAGUUUUAUAAGAUAUUUGAGCAUGUAUAAAAUUUCUCUUUCCAUUGUGAGAUGGUUAAAAGCUAAUGAUAAAACUUCAAAAUUCAAUAAUAGAAAUGAUUCGAAAUCAGUAUUGGAAUUUAAAGAAUUUAAAGAAUUGAUUGAAAUGUCAUUAAUUAAAUUAUUUAUUGAAAAUGAGGCAAAUUUACAUACUUUUGAAAUUAAGGUAGAUUACAACAAAUAUUGUAAUAACAUUCUUGAAUCAAUUUUACAAAAUCCAAAUUUCAUUAACAAAAUUGGAAAUUUAAAAUUUUCUAUUUUACGCUCUAAUACGUUAACUAAUGAUCGUAUAUUGCAAAUAAUUAAUCCACAUCAAAAUCUUAAAAGAAUUCUAUUAGGUUAUGAUAAUUUAUCUUUAUAUCGAUCAUUAUUAUUAUCAAAAGAAUCUAAUUGUUCAAAUACCUUAAAUACAAUCAUUUUCUAUUACAUCAAUUUAAAUGGUAUAAUUGAUUUAGUUAAAGUAUUUGAAAAAUUGAAUGUUUUAGAAUCUGUUCAUAUCAUUUAUUGUUCUUCUUUAAAUAGUUUUAUUCAACAAAUUAUUAACUUAACCAAACCAUUUAAACUGAAAUCUUUACUUAUCAACCGUGAGAAUUUGCAUGAUGAUUUAUUACAAUCAUUAUUACAAAAAUCUGGAAAUUAUUUAGAAAAUCUCGCAUGUGGGAAUGAACAACAAUUAUUGGAAUUAAUUAUAAAAUAUUGCAGAAAUAUCAAAUUUCUUGAUUUAUAUAAUAUUGAAACUCGCCUUACUUCUCUAAUAUUCGAUUUAAUUUUAAAUAUUAAAGAAAAUCUUAAUUAUCUUUCGAUCAGGGUAGGGAACUAUCAAAAUAUUAAUAAUAUCGAGUUAAUAUUACAAAAAUUAGGACAAACACUUCCUUCUAAACUUGAAUAUUUAAGCUUGCUUCUUUAUUACAUUAAAGCAAAUGAUUUUGAAGUAUUCUUAAAAAAUUCUCAAGAUAAAUUCUUUAAAAAGUUAUUAAUUAAUAAUAUGAUGCGAGAAUAUAGAAAUGAUAUUGAUAUUUUACCUUAUAUAAAAGAAUAUAUUAUGAUGGAGAAGAGAGUCAAAUAUUUGGCUAUUAAGAAUACUUGCAUUUAUGUUAGUAGUAGGAAAAGGGUAGAUUUGUCUAGUUUUAAAGAUGAAGUGAAGGAAUUUAAGUUACAUAAUAUUAAAGUUCUAAGUUAUGUUGAUUUAUCUACUGAUAUUUAUGGGUUUUUGAAUGAAAAUUAUUAA